ACUAGGCAGCUGUGGGUUUUCCUACAAUGUAUCUGCCUGGUUGCUAGACGACUCCACACUGAAACGAUGGUAGGAAAACAGUAAACACAAUAGCUAGGUGUCAUUUUUCUUCAAUUCAAACUAUGCGUCGGACGACUUUAUUAUUGACGAAGUGUGUUGCUAUGGAAGCGUUGUUCUCGUUAAGGGAAUUCUAUCAGUAGAAUGACAUUCAUGAGGAUUUCACACUGCCGACAGUGGGAAACUGAAGUGUGAUUUACAACACCAUGAGUGUACCACACAAGGAAAGAAAAGUUGUCCGAGGAACACAGAGUGGACUACAGCCUGCGCUAUAAUGUCCUGUACAAAGAGUACCAAGCUGUCCCUGUCCCUGGAAGCCAGUGAUGUUCAGACGGACGAGGACUUCGAGGAACUGACCCAGAGAACAACGACGAGGAAGAGAAUGUCCAGCAAACCCCCUUCUUCGCCAAGGUCCCCGUACCUCAGCAGUCUGAAGGUUGGCUCCAAGCGCGUGGCCGUGUCGGCAUGGCGACUGCCCAGGGCCUCCCUGGGGGAUGCGAGUGUUGCGUCGGUGGACACCCUGGGCGCCGCCGCCUCCCCAUGCCUCACCUCCCUCAGCAACGGACACCACGGUCUGUCUCAGUCGAUGAGGUCAGAGUAUGAUGUCACAGCCCAGAUCCUCAACCUGACGUCCAGGAAGCACAAACAGUUGCGCUCUACAUCCAAUGGUCGAGUCGACUACGGAGAUAAGGAGGAGAUGUACGAUGAAAACAUCCGCCUUAAAAAGAGUCUGGUGGACCAGAGGACUGACAACCAACAGAUGAAGGCCAAGCUGCGCCGCCUGGAGGAGGAUACAGCCAGAAGAGAGAAGCAAAUUGAGGAGCUCUUGGAUCCCACUAAAGGUCCUGAAUAUACUCGUAGUUUUGUGGAUAAGAACAAGGAAGGUGGUGUGGUCAUUAAGGGACUGAAGCAGAGGAUUCUGAAACUGGAACAGCAGUGUAGGGAGAAGGAGAACGCCUUAAGUAAACUGCAAAGCGAGCUGAGGACCACCAACUUAGAGGAGUUAAAGAUCACUGUGGAAACAUACUUUGAGGAGAUCAAGAGGUUGACAAUUCUUCUCAACGCUGCAGAGAAAAGCAGUCGGGCAGAGACGAAGGGCUCCCAGAGGCACCAGAAGUCCCUGGGGGCCACGGUCCUGCGUCUGUCUGAGAGUCUGAAGCAGCUGCAACUGGACAACUCUACUCUCAGAGAGGAGCUCAGCACUGACAGCCCUGCUGAGGGGAUCAAAGGUUACAGAGAGUGGAGUAAACAGAGGCUAGUGAGAAGACUGUUGGAGUUAGAGAAGAGGUUGGAGGCUGGCAGAAAACAUGCCCCAUCAGCAAAGAGCAGCUGCCAAUCGGAGCAAGGGGUUCAGACCAUGCCUAAGGAGAAUCUGGAUGUUCUAGAGGCGGUUACCGUGGCAACAGAAGAAGUGGUUCCCGUGGGAACGGAGGAUAUGUUGUUUUUGCGAGGUCGUGUUGAUGGAUUGGAGGAAGAGCGGAAGUUGCUUAAGGAGACGCUGGCCAGUAAAGAUGUUGAGCUGUUACGGCUCAAGGGGGUGAUAGAAGAUUUGGAACAAGAGACGGAAAGAUGGAAGGAUGAACAAGUCAAAAAACAUGAAAAAGAGCGCAACGAGCACAGAGAGGAGGCGUUGCGGUUGCGGUUGAGAAUCCAAACUCUGGAAGAGGAGGACCGGGAGCGACCGGCGCCGGGGCCUGCUCCAGAGGACCCCGCUCCUGCCUGCCCCGAGACCCCCGGGACCCCCCAGACCGGGGGCACGGGACCCGAGGAUACAGAGGGUCCGGAGGGGAAGGGGAGGACGGCGCCGGGGAGGGGAAACGCCGAGGAGAGGAGGAGGAGAAGAGCAGAGACCAGGUUAAAGAAGGAGCGGGACAAGGCGGCGAGGACCAUUCAGAGCGGCUGGAGGGAGCACAGAGAUCAAGACGUCGUGAUGCUGCAGUCAACGCUGAGAGGCCAUCUACUGCGACAAGCUCAGCUCAGAGAGCCGUCUCCCACAGACGCCAAGUCGGUCCCCCCUCCCAGCAGAGGUGACCAUGGGGAUGUCUGUGCCGACGGACAGAUGGACGUUGCUGACGUGACGACGAUACAGUCUGUUUUCCGGGGGCACCUGGUUCGCUGUGGGCGGGCAACACAAAGCUCCGUCUCCCCCAUGCCUUCCACUGAGGGCAGCAGUCCAGCCAUCCAGGUGUCAGGAAGACACGGAAGUUUCCCUCCGUUUCCUCCCAGCAAACCAGCUCCAGUGGCGCUCCAUUGUGAAGCCAACCCCCCACGAGGUGCCACGCCCAUCGACUCGGAUGACUCGGAUGACAUUGUCGUGUCCCCGACGCGCCCGCUGAGAUCCAGAGAGAAGAUGCUGUUAUAGACUUCUUUGUGUGUGUGUGUGUGUGUGUAUGUGUGUGGGUGUGGGUGUGUGUGUGCGUGUCUGAUUGGAUUAAAGUUCACACAGCAAUAAGUACGCCUUCAAAAGUUUUCUUUAGAUUCGAAUGAGUUCCAGUGAUUCAUUUACUACUGGUUUAUUUCAGACUGUGGUGAUUCAUCAGUACUUAAGAGACAUGCAGGCAGACGUAGAUGAUCAUAUUAUGAAGCUGCGCUCGCAUGGGAAAGGGGUUUUUCUCUCUCUUGGAAUACUGGGAUCUCCAACUGCAUAACUUCUCAGUGUGACAGUGAUAAUAGGAGGGCAAACUGUAAACAUACACACCUCCAGUUCAGCAAAGCAAGUUUGGAGAUGUACAAACAUGCAGGGCCCAGCAGCACUUUUUAUUUUUUUAUGUUAUGAACUGUCUUAUAUCACUUAUUAAUGCUUUCUUUGCCUGAUUUCUACAAUGCCCUGCAUUUGCAUUGUCCAUCUGAAAAAGUGCCUGAUGUAUGUAACAGCAAACAUGGUUUAUAUAGCUCAAAUCAAAAGCAUACCAGUGCAAAGGUGUGUUUUCUAAAUACAUAUUUCAAAAGCUGAGAUUACCUGAACAUUCUGACUGAUUUAAAGAUUUGGAUUACUUUGUUGAUUCAUUAAAUGCAAGUUAAAACAUGCUACAUUAUGCGCAUCUGACUCUUACUACAUUGCUAUGCAUUGCACAUGUAUAGGCCUAUGGCCUAUAAAUCAAGCUGCUGCAAUCUCAGCCAUGUCUACUGAUAGACUGCAGAGGAAGGCACAGGCUAAUCUGCAAAUAAAAGAACAUUAUUAUGUAAGGAGUCGAGUGAGACAAUGUAAUAAAGUAUUUUAUAUAAUUAAAUAAAAAGGCUGUCCCUUUUAUGCGGUUGUCGCUCAUGAAUGCAAUGAUGUCCCCGUUAUUGACUGUAACGUGCACUACCAUCUUUCCGACAUCAGGGGGAGGCCUUUUUGCGCAAUUUGCGAGAUCUCAGCACAGCUCUGAAACAAAACACUGGGCAGCAGAGCGAGCUGCCGCAAAGGCCACUACUUUUUUUUCCAAGGCGAUUGUCUCACGCUCUAAAUGCAUUAACACGACAGUCGUGGAAGAGCGAAGCCGACGUGUCGGGCGAGAAGCGGAAAAUACAGAGCGAUUGACCGGACUACCAUAACGACAAAUAAACAGACGCGCCGGACUGCGGGUGAAACGAGUUUAACCAUUUAUAUACCGUCGCGUGGUAAAAAAAAAAGAAAAAUCCAGAUAAGGAGGAAUGCGGUCUUCGUGAAA